UGUACUCAUAGUAUCCCCACUGUACUCAUAGUAUCCCGGAGUUAUUUCAUCGAUCAUGGCGAAGAUUGACAAGAAGACCAAGCUCAAGCUCAACAAGAAGUCUGUGAGAGCCCCAUCUAAGCCUACUACGGAGAAGAAGCCCAAAAAGUAUGUUACGGCCGACACGCUCACAUGGAAGCCCGUCAAAACUUCAAGCUUUUCUGGCAUCGACGGUGGGGGCGGUAUGAUGAUGCUUGAGGAGCUCGAAGAUGUUGGGAUUGAGUGGGAAGAGACCGAUGGUGGGAGAAAGAUUGCAAAAUUUGUCGAAGUGGAAAGCAAGACGAGUAAGGGCAAGAAGAACGCCGCGCAAGAGGAACCCAAUCAAGAAGGGCGAGGAGACGAUGAGAAAGCCUCUUCAGCAAGUGAAACUGAGGAAGGUAAAAAGGCCGAUGACAAAGAAGCCGUUGAGGAGGAUGAUGAAGAAGAGUUCCCCGAUUUCGCUGGGUUCGCUGAAGAGGACCUCAACGCUGCAGACGAGGAGGAACAUCCCAAUUUAGACGACGAGCCUGCUUUCAACGAUGACCUUCUCCCGGAAUGGUCUUCUAUUUCCCUUCAUCCCUCCCUCAAGCGUUCUUUCCUUGCAUCCAGCUUCACCGCUCCUACUGCCAUCCAAUCUCGAGCCAUCCCCGCUGGAAUUACUGGUCGAGACGUCGUUGGUGUCGCGGAAACCGGUUCCGGUAAAACACUCGCUUAUUCUUUACCCAUCCUCCAUUAUCUCCUUGGCCAACGCAAAUCGAAAGCUGGCAUCAAGCGCCCCUUGUCCGCUUUAGUCCUUUGUCCUACAAGAGAACUUGCUCUGCAAGUGAUGGACCAUCUCAAUGCCUUGUUGAAACAUGCACUCGCCACUCCAGAUGGGGAGAAACCGCAAGGCCCACCUAGAGUCAGCGUUGGCUCUGUCGUUGGUGGUCUAAGUGCGCAAAAGCAGAAGAGAAUUUUAGAGAGGGGAUGUGAUGUCAUUGUUGCGACUCCUGGCCGGUUAUGGGACCUCAUCAAGGCUGAUGAUGAGCUCGCGACGAGUGUCAGGACAUUAAGAUUUUUGGUUAUUGAUGAGGCGGACCGAAUGAUUGAGAACGGACACUUUGCAGAGUUGGAGAGUAUCGUCAAACUUACUCAACGUUCUACCGCCCAACAAGGCCCUGAUGAUGAUGACCCCGUAUUCCAAGCUAUGGCUACUCUCUUUGAAGAGUCAACGGCUAGGGAGGACAUGCAGACGUUUGUUUUCUCCGCUACUCUUUCCAAGGAUUUGCAGAAGAACCUCAAGAGGAGAAGCAGAUCUUGGAAAGGGAAAGGAAAAAGGUCAUCUACUCUUGAGGAUUUGGUGGAGAAGCUUGAUUUUAGAGAUGAGAACCCCGAAGUUAUUGAUUUGUCCCCCGAAGGAGGUGUCGUUUCCUCAUUGAGGGAGAGUAUGAUCGAGUCUACAAAGGACGACAAGGAUCUCUAUCUCUAUUAUUUCCUUCUCCGAUACCCUGGCAGAUCUAUCGUCUUUGUUAACUCUAUCGACUCUAUCCGUCGUCUUCUCCCCCUUUUCACUCUCCUCCAACUUCCCGUUUUCCCUCUUCACUCCCAUCUCCAACAAAAGCAGCGUCUUAAGAACCUCGACCGAUUCAAAUCCAACCCCAAAGGUAUCCUGAUUGCAACCGACGUCGCUGCGCGAGGUUUGGAUAUCCCCCAAGUUGAUCACGUUGUUCACUUCAACCUGCCCCGAACGGCGGACGCGUACAUUCACCGAUCAGGUCGUACUGCUCGAGCCCAAAAUGAGGGUUUCGCAUUACAACUUGUGUCUCCGGAUGAAAAGUCUGUCCAGAGGGCAUUGAUGAAGAGCCUUGAGCGAACGCAUGAGCUACCCGAUCUGCCUAUCGAAGCCGGUUUCCUUCCUUCUCUUCGUGAGCGACUGAGAGUGGCGACUGAAAUUGAGAAGGCACAACAUCGAGCGACCAAAGCAACUCACGAUAAAAACUGGUUACUCGAAGCUGCCGAGGCCAUGGAUAUUGAUAUCGACCCUUCCAUGCUCGAUGGAGAAGACGAUGAUCCCGAUGCUCCUUAUUAUAAACCUAAGAAGCAGGAUAGGGGCAAAGGCAAAGCAUCUGUGGAGAAUUUGAAGAUGGAGUUGAAGGCUUUGUUGCAGGAGAAGCUUGUCGCAAGGGGUGUGUCGAUCAGGUAUCCGACAAGUGGAAGUAAAGUCAUCGUGGAUGACCUAAUCAAAUCAACCGGUCACGGGAUGUUGUUGGGUGCAAGCACUAGCAAAGCUUACGACCAAGUGGAGAAGACUGGGAAGAGAAAAUUAGGAUCUGGGAGACCUGGAGCUGUCAAGAAGAAAAAGGUGGAGGGCCGAUGAUUAUAUCAUUCCCUCAGGCGCUUGUGCAUGCAUAGCUGUAUAUCCCAUUAUUUACUACCAACUCAUUCCAUAUUCUUUUCCCAAUGCAAAGAAACAUAGA